AUGCACCAUCCCAUGACGGAACAAGAAGAUCCUCAUCGCAAUCCCAUGCAGGAGCAAAUCCCUACUGAAAGUCAUGAAGAAGAAGGGAGUGUCCCCAGCAAAGACGAACCAAGCGAGAUCAUGGACCCUCGAGCCAUCCAGGGCGUAAGAAGAAAUGAGAGCGAUGAUGGUAACGAAUUGUACUACGAACCUGCCGACAUGUGGCUUCCUAGCACCGACGUACCCCCUGAACUCUGCAGAGCAUGGGCAAAAUCACAGAGACCACCAAAACCAUCAUCGUCAUCUCCUGUCCCAGAGUAUGAGAUCGACGAUGUGAAGAGAGACAUGGCUAUUGGAAUCAUGCUGCAUCUCAACGGAAACGAGUCGGAGGACUCCAAGUGGGUGCCUGUCCGCGAGGCAUCUCCAGCGGAGACAUAUGCCUGGGCAAAGGCCGAGAAAGAGGACGUCGAAGAAGAGAUCAGCGACCUGACAAAGGGUCAAGAAUCUUCCCAUCUCCAGAAUCGUCUCGCCUUGCUUGAAGACUUACUGGAUGGAGAAGUCGUAGAGCAUACCAAGCCGCACUGGGUAUCUGAGACCCCUUCUCCUGAUUCCAACAUCCCACCACACAAGCCUUUCUAUCCACUCCCUACACUGAGCAGAGGUUACUGCGACAACGCUGAACACCCUUCUUCAACCCUCAGCCACAGCACUCUCGUCGCAGCAUGCCAAUCAGAAAAACACAUCUUGAACUCCAUCAAUCCUCACGCCUCAUGUCACCUGGUCUGCACAAAUUGCCACGACAACCCUCCAAUCCACCGCCUCAGCCAAGACGAACACGAUCACAUCAUAAGAGACAAAGGUCGCUUCCCUCUAUGCCUCUCUUGCGCAGAAUCGUGGUGUGCUCGGUACGGUAUAAGUCCCGAAGAAAACGGCACCAACUGUACCUGCAAGGAACGACUUCCUCAGUGGCUCUGUUCCGAUUGCUGGGUUGAGUUUGCCAAGGCAAGGAGUCGUGGAAGGGAUGACUGUAAGGAGUCUGGUUGUGCUAAGACAAAGAAGGAUGAGGAUCAGUUUCAGGGGGACGAUGCGAUCAGUAAGGCUGUGCGCAUGUGCUCUGGUUGUCAGGGCCUUGUUAUCAAUCAUGCAGAUGAGGAUGAUGGCGUUGAUGAUUACAGCGAUGACGAUGAGGAUGAUGAUUAUGAUGAGAACGAUAGCGAUUGA